CCAAUUCCAACCCAACCAACGCAUUCAUCCAUCCAUCUUCGCCCUUCUCUCCCAUACUACUAUUACUGCUGCUGCUUCUUCUCCGGCGAGGAAGGGGAAGAGGAUCGACUGUCUUUGACUGAAUCGAUCGAUGGCCGCGGCUGCUCCCACCCAGGCUCCGGCUAUGACCCUGCCGCCCGCCAUGGUGGCCUCGUCGCCGAAGCCCGCCGCCGUCGGCGACCGCAAGGUGGUGCCGGUGAUGACCGACGCCGACGAGGUCGUCGUCCAGGUCCAGGUCCAGGCGGAGCUGCACGUGCUCGCCGUCGACGACAGCGUCGUCGACCGCGCCGUCAUCGCCAAGAUCCUCCGCAGCUCCAAGUACAGAGUUACUACCGUGGACUCUGCGACCCGGGCUCUGGAGCUGCUGGGGCUGGGGCUCAUCACGGACGUGAACAUGAUCAUCACCGACUACUGGAUGCCCGGCAUGACGGGGUACGAGCUGCUCAAGCGCGUCAAGGAGUCGUCGGAGCUCCGGGAGAUCCCCGUCGUCAUCAUGUCGUCGGAGAACGUGCCCAACCGCAUCACCCGCUGCCUCGAGGAAGGCGCCGAGGACUUCCUCCUCAAGCCCGUCCGCCCCUCCGACGUCUCCCGCCUCUGCAACCGCAUCCGGUGAUCAUCAACCACCGCGUCGCCCAUCCACGGAGGAGGAUUAAUUCUAAGUAGGAUUUUUCAAUUCUUUUUCUUCGGUGUUCUUUCCCAUGGACAUAGAUCCGCUCGCUGCCGCCUCAAACAACAGCUUAACUUUUUGGGGGUCCUAGGAGAUGAUGAUGAUGAUGAUGAUUAGAUUAGGAUGUUAGUUCGUCCCCUUGUGUGCUCUGCUUCAGAGAUGCCAAGAAACAAAAACCGAAACAGAGUAUUCAUCCAGCCAAAAGAAAGCAAAUCUUCUGAAUGAAUGUUAUUCAGACAACUUUCCCCUCUUGGCUACAUGUCGAAAUGGCAUCAGAUCACAUCAGAGCAGAGCAAACAUGUUGACAGUUUCAUAAUCAGAGUUAGUUUCUUUGGCAUCAA